AUGUUAUAAGACGGAUUAAUAACUUAUCCAAAUAAUAUAAAUUUUUUAUAUUGUUAGAUUCAUCAAGAUGAAAUAUAUACUAAUUUUUGUACAAAAUAGGAAUGCUUAAAACCUUUAUGUCCUGAAUGUAUAGACCAUCACAAUAAAAACCAUUCAAAACAAAAUACAUAUGCAAUUUUAAUUUCAUUAAAAGUCUUAAAGAGUUAAUGUGUGGAACGUUUGAAAUUAUGUAAAGAUAAAUUAUUAUAAUAUUAAGAUUUUUUAGAUGGUAAAAACACUCUUUUAGCAAAUGACUUUUUUGAUGAGGGUCUAAUUCAAAUAAAAAAUGCUCGAGAGAAUUUAAUAAAUAUGAUAUAGAAAUAUUUUAAUUAAAUAGAAGAAGAAUAUUCGAGCAGAAUAAGAUCUUUUUCAAAACGUGAUACAGAUAUAAAUAAUAUUUUAGAAUAAAUAAAAAGCUUUAGUGGAGAAAUAGAAUAGAUUUAUUAAAAUAUUUAAAGUCCUUAUUUUAUAAAAGGAAUUUAAGAAACAAUGAACUUUGAUUUAUAGACUAAAAUGAAGAUUUUUGAAAAUCAAAUAUAGGAAAUUGACAAAAACCAUAAUAUAAACCAAAUAGAUAUCAUAAUAGAUAAAAAAAGAUUGGAAUUUGUGAAAAUGGAAUUAAAUAAAUAUAUAUAAUUAGGAUAAACUUAAAAUCAAGAAAUCGAUUAUUUAUAAGAAAAUGUAGAAAACAAUUUUAAUUUAUAUUCAGAAGUUAUAGGAAAUAAUUUAUUAGAAUGUUUAUUUAUUAUUCAAUCUAAUUAUUUCAUUCAAAGCAAUAAAUUUUUACCCUUUUUAAGUUCUAUUAGUAAAUAACUGUAUCUUUUUGAUAUUGAAAAACCAAAACUUUACUAAAACAUAUAAAUAUGGCAAGAUAUACCUGAAUUCCAUAAAAUCGUUGUCUGUCCAGGCGGAUAAAUAUUCCUAUUAGGAGGUGUUAUUAAAGGAGUUUAAGUAAAUAAUGUUUAUUAAUGGAGUUUUAAUAAAUAAUAAUUUAUUCCUAAAUCAAAUAUGAUCCAGGCAAGAAGUUCUUUUUCUGCUAUUUAUUUAAAAGAGAAAAUUUAUGUUGUUGGAGGUUAUAAAGAAGGCUAGUAAGCUAUCCAAAACUGUGAGGUUUAUGAUAUAAAAAAAGAUAUAUGGAAAGAAAUUGCGACUUUUAAAAUUCCGGAUUUAUUACCUAGUGUCUGUGCAUUUUAAGAUGAAUAUUUGGUAAAAAUUGGAGACAAUAAUGUAGAAAUUUAUGAUAUUUAAUAUGAUAAAUGGUUUUUAGCUAAUCGAAAUUAAAAAUAAAUUGGAAAAUUUUAAAAUUGGUAUAAUUGUGGAAUUAUUUAAAUAAAUAAAGAAGAAAUUGUAAUUAUUGGAGGACAAUAUAAGAAUUUUAUAAGUGAUUAAAUAUUUGUUUUUAAUUUCUACAAAAGCUGUAAAGAUUAGUUCUUCUAUUAAAUUAAAAAUAUUGAAUAUUUGAAACUGCCCUUUAAAGAUGUUUUUUAUAAUAAUAUUGUUAUUGAUGGAGGAAAGUUAUUCUGGCUUCAAAAUGUUUUUGAUGCUUAGAAAUAAAAUUAAUAAAAAAUUUUUAAAAGAAUUAUUAUUUUUGAUGGAUAUUAGUUUAAUUUUUAAUUAAUAAAUUUAUGA